AUGGGCAGCCCGCACUCUGGGAGCGACAUGAAUGUGUCUAUCGUCUUUGUGUGUGUGUAUGUAUGCCAGAGUGUGUGGUUUCCAUAUUUAUUUGCUCGCUUUUAUCUUUUUGCUGUCCUUGUCACUGAUGGCGAUGCUCACUUGUUGCCAUGGCCUUUUCCAUGGCCAGGGGGGGGGGCGACAACGCAUCGCAGAUGCUGGUGGCCAGGUUGGGCGCAGGGAAAAGUUGCUUGUGCUACACUGCUGUGCCGGUGCCUCGCUGCUUUUUUUUACGCCGGCCUGGAUGAGUCACAUGUGCGGCGACCGCGGCGGGCCGGUGCGACGUUUAACAAGCCUCGUGGCCGUGAUGCGUUGUCGUUGGCCUUUGAACGGCGCGUGCGUGUUCUGCCGCUUCUUGAGGUAGGGGAGCUGUACGCGCCGCCGGCAGCCUCGUCAAAGUCCACGGGCAGUGGCGACUCGGGUGCGGCAGGGAGACCGCUGCGAGUGCUCGUUGUCGAGUUGCUCUCACUGGGUGACGUGGAGGCCGUGGUGCCGUACCCGGCCCUGUACCCAACGUAUUAUGCGGGGUGGACGGAUGAGCACCAAUCACACCCUCCGGCGAAGACGCAUGGGACGUCGCCGUUUCUUGUCCGCGAGAGUGGGCGCACGCUGCAGCCAAUCAACAAAAUGCAACUGCGGCAAAACGGUGACACCUCGCUCCUGCGUGGGUUCUUUACAAGACGGAGUGCGAGUCACGACCCCACAAUGUAUGCGGUGGCCCUCUGCAUAGAUCCGUUUCUGGACUUGGGACGGUUUAGACGGGAAGAGGCGCAGGUGGAGUUGAUCUGUGGCUACCGCAACGUUCUCUAUGAGGCUUCAGAACUGCCUGGCGUCCCAGCGGACGUCGUACGCAUUCCCGCCCUCUCGUGUGACACAUGCGGGGAAAACCUGCGCCAUGAGCUGGGCAAGCUGAGCCAGCAAGCCCUCAUCAAGGGGUUUCACCGCAUUAGUAACGAGGCGAAGGAAAGUCUUAUUUUGAAUCCGCACUUCCGCGUUGAGAUGUAUGUUUCACCACGGUUGCUCGAACAGUUUGAGCGUACCUUUUUGGAGGACGCCUGGGAGGCUCCCGAGUCCACGAUAAACCUCGGACGCACCGCUCUGUACCCCGGCCUGCCACACUCCCGCGAGCACUGCCGGAGGCUGAGGGCUGGAUUGGCAAACACUUCGAAUUGGUUGAGGCAAUUGAGACGGAGGGACGGAGUUUGA